AUGGGCAUCUGUGCGUUUCUGAGUCAACGGAGGGCUUUACUACCGCAUUUUGACGAUCCUGGAAGACGCCGUUUGACAUUGAUUUGCAAGUGCCAAUCAGAGCCACAGGAUAUCAAAGUUGCCAGUCCCAAGCUUUUCGUCUUUGGCUUGGGCUACACGGGCAAGGGGCUUGCAAAGCUAUCACUUGGAAAAGGAUGGGAUGUUGCAGGGACAUGCCGAACUUUGGAAGGCAGUCGCAGAUUAUUACAAUAUGAAGGCAUACAAGCGUUUCCUUUUGAUCCCAAUGCGGGAGCAUCCCUUAGUCCGCAGGCCAUCGAUACUCUUCACUGCUCAACCCACAUCCUAUCAUCAAUCCCACCAGCAGAUGGCACAGCAGACCCGGUCUUGGCCAUGGUGGGAUCAGAGCUGCAGAGCUGCGCCAGUGUCACAGGCCUCGCGCAGUGGGUGGGAUACCUCAGCAGCACAGGGGUCUAUGGGGACUGGCAGGGCGACUGGGUCGAUGAAACGUCGGAGCUGAGGGCUACUCAGGGAAAGGGGUAUGCGCGGAUUCUGGCGGAGGCUGCUUGGAGGCAGAUGUGGGAGGAGCAUAAAGUCCCGGUGCACAUCUUUCGUUUAGGAGGUAUCUAUGGCCCUGGAAGGAGCGCACUGGAUGCAGUGGCACAGCAGCCAGGUCAGGCAAGCAGAAAUCAGAGGCGCCGCGCACAGAAGUGCUUCACUGCACGAUCUCACGUGUACGAUAUCUGCCAGGCACUGAUGGCCAGCAUGGAAUGCCCCCGCCCAGGGGCGGUGUACAAUAUCGUGGAUGAUGAUCCUGCCAGCAGGGCAGAAGUCAUGGCCUACGCGGAGCAGCUUCUCACUGGCCGCCCUGCCCCUGCGGCUGUGCUCUCGACACCUGAAGCUUCUUCCUCAAGCGCCGCAGAUGCAUCAGCCCUCGGGCCACAGCUGGAGGAGAAGCGGGUGAGCAAUGACCUCAUCAAAAAGGAGCUGGGUUUCAGACUAUCAUUUCCCACUUACAGGGAAGGCCUGGCCGACAUCCACAGCAGGGACAAACAGUCCCCGCACAGUUUUUAG